AUGACUGCAGCAUCUGAGAAAACCACAAGAAGGUUUACUAUCGACUGCACAAAGCCGGCAUCCGACAGCCUGAUCUCUCCUUCGGACCUGGGGGCAUUUCUUCAGCAGAAGAUCAAGUGCUACACGGGGAAGAAGGAGAAGCUCCUCCAUAUCAAUGCAAAUGGAAACAUUGUUGAAGUGGAUGUUACCGGAGGGUUUAUAGGCAAGCAGGGGCUGAAGUGGCAGAUAGGAAGGUUUCUGCACAUGAAGAAGCUCAGGGCCUUCAUCAAGAUUUUUGCACAAGGGCUGGAUGGGUUCGAGCUCAGGUACAUCAAUGUUGAAGAGGGCAAGGAGGAAUAA